UCUCUCUCUUUCUCUCUCAGGAUCAAGAUCACUACUCAAUCCUCCAAGAUGACAAUGAGCACAGUCCACCAACAAGUUCUUGCAUUUCCUGCACUCAAGACUGCUCCCGCAGGUUACUUGCCUGACCCAGCGUCCAUCAACAAGCUCCAAAUCCCUAAUUUUUCCAAAACAUCUCAACAAAGCAAGGGAAAAUCGAUUCUGCGUACCAAUAGUUUCACGGAUGGAGCUAUAGAUCAGAGCAAGUUAGGACCAAAGCUGACCGAAACAGUCAAGAGAAAGCUAUCUUUGGGAGCUAAGAUCAUUCAAAUGGGAGGCCUAGAGAAAAUCUACAAGAGGCUCUUCAGAGUCUACGACGAAGAGAAACUCUUCAAGGCCUACCAAUGUUACCUAUCAACAACCGCAGGUCCCAUCGCAGGGUUACUCUUCAUCUCAUCAAAGAAGAUUGCUUUCUGCAGCGAGAGAUCGAUCAAAGUGGCUUCUCCUAAGGGAGAUCUCAUUAGGGUUCACUACAAAGUGUCAAUCCCUCUUUGCAAGAUCAAGGGAGUGAACAAGAGUCUUAACACAAAGAAGCCUUCUCAGAAGUACCUUGAAGUAGUCACGGUCGAUGGCUUUGACUUCUGGUUCAUGGGAUUCUUGAGCUACAAGAAAGCUUUCAACUGCCUCGAGCAAGCACUUUCUCUUCAGCAAUAACAAGGAGAAUGUUGAAGAGGAAAUAUUUCAUUUCUAAUUUAAC